CGGUGCAGAAUAGCACGUGCGCGGGAAUAACACUAUGCCCAACCGAAAGACAAGACCUUACCGUAGGUAGGCCUUUGACUUUUCAGCUGUGCAGCUGCUGCGCACAUGUACUCGGCCGCGCCUUGUGGAAGGAAGCCAAGCAACUCCCAUACGUUGUAGAUGUACGUCUGCGAACAAGCUACCUUAGAGACGAGCCCAUCCCAUCCCAUCACCUCUCCCCAUUUCAAAGUCGACAUCCUCUUCUUCUUCAUCCCUCCCUCCCCCCGCGCUCUCUCUCUCUCUCUCUCUCUCUCUCUCUCGUCCAUCAGCCAGGGCCGCCAUGAACGGCAAGGGCGGAGACGGCGGAGGGCAGGAGAGCGACGACGACAUGGACAUGCGGAAGCCGCUGCUGGUGAACACGGGGAGCUGGUACAAGAUGGGGUCGAGCCUCACGGCGGGGGCCUCCUCCAUGGCCAUCAUCCGCGAGACCCACGUGUCCGCCUUGCUCUGCACGCUCAUCGUGGCGCUCGGCCCCAUCCAGUUCGGCUUCACCGGCGGCUUCUCCUCGCCGACCCAGGACGCCAUCACCCGCGACCUCAGCCUCUCCAUCUCCGAGUUCUCGGUGUUCGGCUCGCUCUCCAACAUCGGCGCCAUGGUGGGCGCCAUCGCCAGCGGCCAGAUGGUGGAGCACGUCGGCCACAAAGGGGCGUUGAUGAUUGCUGCUGUUCCUAACAUCCUCGGCUGGCUCGCGAUCUCCUUGGCAAAAGAUACUACCUUUCUGUACACGGGGCGAUUGCUUGAAGGAUUUGGUGUUGGUAUCAUAUCCUACACGGUGCCUGUAUACAUAGCAGAGAUUUCUCCUCGGAACAAGAGGGGCGCUCUAGGCUGUGUGAACCCGUUGUCUGUAACACUUGGGAUGGUGUUGGCCUAUGUGCUCGGCAUGCUUGUUCCUUGGAGGAUGCUUGCGCUGAUAGAAUCUCCAAGAUGGCUGGCAAAGAUGAACAAGAUGGAUGAUUUCGAAGCCUCCCUACAAGUUUUGAGAGGAUCUGAUACUGACAUCACCUCAGAAGUGAAUGAUAUAAAGACAGCGGUAGCAUCAGCAAACAAAAUGACGGCAAUUCGUUUCCAAGAGUUAAACCAAAAGAAAUUCCGCAUGCCCUUGAUACUUGGAAUUGGCCUGCUUGUACUGCAACAGCUAAGUGGGAUCAACGCCAUACUGUUUUAUGCAGGCAGCAUCUUCAAAGCUGCAGGUGUUACAAACAGCAACUUGGCCGCAUGUGGAGUUGGAGCUAUUGGGCUUCUUGCCACUGGAGCUACAACCUGGUUGCUAGACAGAGCUGGCCGACGGAUCCUACUUAUUAUAUCUUCUGCCGGGAUGACCCUAAGCCUUCUUGCAAUUGCCGUCAUAUUUUUUCUCAAGGACAAUGUUCCGCAAGACUCUGACAUGUAUUACAUAUUAAGCAUGGUCUCCUUGUUUGCUAUUGUGGCUUAUGUGAUCACCUUCUCCUUCGGUAUGGGCGCCAUUCCAUGGGUCAUAAUGUCUGAGAUCCUGCCGGUUAGCAUCAAGAGCCUUGCGGGAAGCUUCGCGACGCUCGCCAACUGGCUGACCUCCUUUGGGAUAACAAUGACAGCAAACUUGUUGCUCAGCUGGAGCGCUGGAGGUACCUUUGCGUGCUACACGCUCGUGAGCACGUUCACGCUCAUGUUCAUCAUCCUCUGGGUGCCGGAGACCAAGGGAAGAACUCUCGAGGAGAUACAGUGGUCAUUCCGGUGAGCUCGGUCGGUAGUCUUCGCGGUAUAUAUGUCGGAAUUAUUCUUCAAGCCGGGCAUCGUCUUCUUUUUACUAGUCCGAUUGCUCGAUGAAGGCCAAUCAUACAGAAGAAAGGAAAAACUUUGUCGUCUGUAUAUUCCUGUACAGACAUUGUUUCAGAUGACUUUGUAGAGGGGGCAUGUAAUUGUUAUGCUCUGUUCUCUUCUCUGGGUUCCGUGCUGGCGCAGCUGGUGGUCAGCUCCCACUGUGAUACCCUGCAAAGGAAAUAAAACAUUGACUAACAAGAAAAUGUCAUAUGCCUAAGAUAA